AUGUAGAAUAAUCAAAUUGUUAAUCUAAAUAAUUAAACUUAAUAAAAUGAAAUUACUCUUAAUGAAUAAGAUGAAGAAAAAUUAAAUAAAAAUUAUGAUGAAUAACAUAAAAAAAAUAUAUUUAUUCCAUCUUUAAUUCCUAAAUCUAGCAGAAAAUUAUUUUAAUAAGAGCAGCUAUGUGACUCAUAAAAUACAUGUUAAGACUAGGUAUUAGAAGAAUUACAAACUUAAAUCUAAAAACCAGAUGAUUUUUUAGAAUCAUUAAGAAUUAAUUAAGAUAAGAUAAUAAAUAAGUAAAUCAACUUAGAUAAAUAACCAGAUUAUUAGAUUAGACUAAAUUUAAAUAAGUCUAAUCAAAAUGAAAAAAAUUAUACUCAAAGUGUAAUUAGAAAUAUUUAAUAAUAAUAAUAAUAAUAAUAAUAAUAAUAAUUCUAAUUAUUUACGAAAGAUUCUAGUAGCAAGUUUGCAAAUGGAGUAUCUAUACCCCAUAAACACUUAAAUAAAUAAAAUAAAACGAGUUAAUCGAAUUAAUUAAAAACUUAAGAAAGUGAGACUAAGAAUAUUAAAAAACAAAAUGAGAAAGUAAAUAAAAUAUUUUCAAAUUUGAAUGAUAAAUAAGUUCAUCUAAAGCUUGAAAAGAUGCUCUUUUAAUUUAAGUUGUGUAAGAAAAAAGAGUUUCUAUAAUCUAAAGGACUGAACUAAUAGAUUAUUAGUGAAAUUGAGUAGCGGAUAGAUGAAAGUUUAGAUUAUUAUGCAUUUUAUAAAGAAAUUUUGUUAAUAAAGAAAGCUAUUAUGAUGAUUUUAAAUAAAUAGUAACUUGCUGCAUUAUAAGUAAUUGGUAUUGAUAUUGAAAAAAAAAGUAAAAAUUAGGAAAACUCAAAGAUGAAUUAUUUAUCAGAGGAAAAAACUGAAAAUCAUUUCAAGGAGUAGUAUGAAAUUCUUUAAUCAAAAGAAUUGUAAUUAUAAUAUAUUAAUGAUUUCUUAAAAAAAUGUGAGUAAAAUAGAUAAAAUUUGGAUAAUAUUGACAAAAGAAUUUUAUCUUCCUUGUUAAUUUAUUAGUAAAAUUGA